AUGGACCUUAGAGCUGCACGGACCCUCACCGAGCGAGCAAAAGAACAGUGCGAAAAGAAAGUGAGUGAAUAUACAGAACAAUUACGUGUUCUUAGGAAAAGUGUAGAAGAACAAAUUCUGGCAUUUAGUGAGUUUCCCUUAAAAGAGGAUGCAGAGUUUGUGAAACAUAGGGUGACCCAAACACUUGGAAAAUAUGGUGACUUGUCUGAAAAGUUUGUGGCCUACUUACAAGAAACAAGGACAAAAGAGAGUGAGUACGAACUUUCAGCGCAUGCUAUGGUUAACAGAUCAGUCAUGAGCAAGGCAGAACUGUUCAUAAAGGAACUUGAACAUUUCGAUCAAAGUGACGUUAAAGAGAAAAACGGACAACAACUAUCUAGUGCAGAUUCUACACAGUCAAAUAAAGAGACAGAUCAUUUUUCAGUCAAACAAGAACCCGCAAGUGUUACAGAAGAGUCAGCAAGUUCUUCACAUCUCAGCAAAGUCAAAGCUAGAUACGAAGCAUCAAAAACAAAGGCGAAGUAUGCAGAACUUACAGCAAAAUUAAUUAAAGAAAAGACGCAAAUAGAAGAAGACGAGGCAAUCGCAGCUUCAAGAUCAGCAAGAAAAAAGAAAGAUUUAGAAACUAGUUUAAAUCUCAUUAAAGUACAACAAGAGGCUGAAGAGGCAGAAGCAGAGCUGGACGCUCUCAUGGAAGAAAUGAGCAUCAAGUCAAAUCAUUCCGAGCAUAGUGUACGUACAUUGACAAGUGAAAAGCGAAAGAGAACCCGAGACUAUGUGGUAGAGCAAAGCAGUAUGCGAUCUGAAUUAUCCAACCAUGAACAAGCUUCAAGUGAAAGAACCCCAAAUCCGUUUGAUAAAUACAAACAUGAAACAUUUACAUUCAUGUCAGACAAAUAUAGGCAACCUUCGUAUAGAGACUUAUCUGUUCAAGAACAAGAUCCUGUAAUGAGAGAAAAUGCGAACCCUCAAACUAAUGAACGCUAUGAAAAACGCAAUACUGACAGAUAUGCACGAGAUUAUGAGCCACCAAUUGCGCCAAAAUUUCAUAGCACAUACGCAGGAAGAGACUACGAAUCGCCAAUUGAAAAUCAUGGAAAUGGAGGAAACGCCCCACCAAAUGAUCACAGUGUUAUGCAACGUGAACCAGAUUGCGACAACCACUCUCCCUGGGUCGGCACGGAACUUACCAAGUUUCUCGUUAAAAAAGAACUGUUGUUAUCGAGACUAUCUGCCUUCAAUGACAGACCAGAAAACUACCUUAUAUGGAAAGGCAGCUUUUCUAUCAUUAUGAAAGACUUGAGUGUCACCCCCAUGGAAGAGUUGGAUCUUCUCAUAAAGUACCUUGGAGCAGAUUCCAAGCAACAUGCGAUGAGACUCCGCGCGUCACAUCCUACCGACCCAUUGAAAGGACUCACCAGAAUCUGGGAGAGACUUGAUGAGCGCUAUGGCUCCCCAGAAUUGAUAGAAGCGAUACUAAAAGAAAAGAUAGCAAAGUUCCCAAAAAUAAGUACAAAGGAUGCCAAAAGGAUGUAUGAGCUAUCUGACAUAGCAUCUGAAGUAGAGUCAGUGAAGGAAAAUCCUAAGUACAAAACCCUACUGGCAUAUUACGACUCCUCCUUUGGCGUAAAUUCAUUUGUAUCCAAACUACCAGGAUUUCUACAGUCAAAGUGGACGGACAGGGCACUGAAGCAUAAGGUAGAUCUCGAUGUUCUCUACCCACCUUUUGCCGUUUUCACGAAGUUCUUGAAGGAGAUGAGCAUUAGAAUGAAUGAUCCAAGCUUUGCAUUUGACAAGGGAACUUCACCUUCAUUUGAAAACAGAGACAAGUUUACACCAGUGAGGGGCAAUAUUACCACCAUUAAGACAAAGCUAACACCAAAGAAGCCUAGCAAGUGUCCGUUACAUGAAACUGAUAAACACCCGCUUAGUGACUGCAGAACAUUUAACAGUAAACCAAUCGCUGAAAAGAAAUCCCUCAUUAGACAGUAUGGCCUGUGUUUCAAAUGCUGCAAUGGCAAGCAUUCAGCUCGUGACUGUCAAGAACAUGUAUCAUGUAAUGUAUGCAACUCCAAUAGACACUGUACUGCUAUGCAUGAAGAGAGAAGUACUUCACAGGUUCACAGCGGGGAAGAGCUACGCAGAACGACUAAUGAUGCAACUAAUCCAAGUGUGAGAGCAAGCUGCACCCAGGUUUGUGGACGUGAAGGAUUCAAAGGAAAGUCCUGUGCAAAGACAGUCCUAGUGAAUAUAUAUCCGGAACAACAUCCAGAACGGAGUCUGAAAGCCUACGUUCUCAUUGACGACCAAAGUAACAGGUCACUGGCGAGGUCCGAGUUUUUUGACUACUUCAACGAGAAUGCUCAUGAGAUCGAGUAUGUAUUAUCAUCAUGUUCAGGCUACAUAUCCACAACUGGACGACAGACCUCAGGGUACAUAAUCGAGUCUCUAGAUGGCAGCACAAGACUAUCAUUGCCAACCCUUAUAGAGUGCAACCAGAUUCCCAACAUGCGAGAGGAAAUCCCCACACCAGAAGUAGCAAAGUAUCAUGAACACCUCAGGGAUAUAGCUGAUGAAAUUCCGCCAUAUGAUCAAGACGCACCCAUUUUACUGCUUAUUGGUAGAGACAUGAUAGCAGCUCAUCAUGUGUUGGACCAGAGAAUUGGACACAAUUAUGCACCGUAUGCUCAGAAACUGAGGUUUGGUUGGGUUGUCAUUGGCGAGACAUGUUUAGGAGCUGCCCACAGACCUGAAACAAUCACCACCAACAAAGUUCACGUCUUGAGUAAUGGACGUCCGUCAAUACUACAGCCAUGCCCAAAUGAUUUUAGGCUGAGGACUCACACCAGACCAACAUCAGAUUUUGAAUUUGGAGAGAAUGUUUUCAUACAGACAAGCAGUGAUGACAAAAUUGGUUUCUCGAUUGAAGAUAAGGAGUUCCUUAGUGUCAUGAACAGUGGCUUUAGGAAAAGUGAGAGUGGAAACUGGAGUGCACCCUUGCCGUUCAAGUCCAAGCGACAAGUAUUGCCAGACAACUAUGAGCAAGCACUGCAACGGGCCAGGAAGUUACGAACAAACUUGAGAAUGAACCCAGACAAAGAGAAACAAUUUUGUGCAUUCAUGGAGAAGAUUUUCCAAAAUGGACACGCUGAGCCAGCUCCACCAUUAAAAACUAAUGAAGAAAAGUGGUACUUACCCAUAUUUGGGGUAUUUCACCCUAAGAAAAGCAAGAUAAGAGUUGUGUUUGACUCGUCAGCAAAGUGUCAAGGUGUGUCGCUGAAUGAUGUUUUGAUGACCGGCCCUGAUUUGACUAACAGUUUGAUUGGUGUGCUCUUGAAGUUCAGGAAGGAAAAGGUCGCGGUAACAGCAGACAUCGAGCAGAUGUUUUUCAACUUCUAUGUGCAUGAGGAAGAUAGGAACUUUUUGCGUUUCUUGUGGUUUCGAGACAAUGACAUUAACAAUGAACUCGUGGAAUUUAGAAUGUGCGUCCACGUGUUUGGCAAUUCACCAUCCCCCGCAGUUGCCACGUUUGGAUUGAGAAAAUCCGCCUGUGAUCAUCAUUCAACAGAAUUGUGCAAUCAAGUGUGUGAACUUGUAAACAAACAUUUUUAUGUUGACGAUGCCUUAGUAUCCUUACCAGAUGCAGAGUCAGCUAUAGAAAUCAUGAAAAAGACUCAGGAUGUUUUGAAACAGAACGGAAAUAUAAGAUUGCAUAAAAUCAGGUCAAAAAGCAGUGAAGUGUUGAAGAGUUUCCCAACCGAGGACUUAUCAGAAGAUGUACUUAGCAUGGACUUCAGUGACCCUGUAAGAAGUCUAGGCCUAUUAUGGGACAUCAAACAAGAUGCAUUUACUUACCAAUUGUUUGAUGAUGUGAAACCGUUUACAAGGAGAGGCAUACUAUCUACAGUAAAUAGCAUAUAUGACCCCUUAGGGUUCAUUGCACCUGUUAUACUAGGAGGCAGACUGGUGUUAAAAAAGGCCAUGAGCAGCACAGUGGACUGGGACGAGCCUCUACCUGAUAACCUGCACACCGAAUGGGAAAAGUGGAGAAUGUCAUUAUCACAUCUAGAGUCACUUAAGAUUCCCAGAAUGUAUGCCAACAUUCAGCAUGCAUGCCAAAGGGAGCUACACACUUUCUGUGAUGCAUCCAAAGAGGCCAUAGGAGUAGCAACUUAUGUCAAGUUGUACGAUAAACAUGGAGAAUCAGAUCAUGGUUUAGUGAUGGGCAAGUCGAAAUUAGCACCACACCACAGUCAUACUAUUCCACGACUAGAACUAUGCGCGGCAGUACUUGGAGUUGAGAUUGCAGAAUUUGUAGCAGAACACCUUAACAUACCCAAAGACGCAUGUUAUUUCUACACGGACAGCAGGGUAGUCCUAGGCUACAUUUUCAACGAAAGUCGUCGAUUUCAUGUCUACGUGGCCAAUAGAGUGGACCGAAUCAGACGAGCUACUUCACCUAGUCAGUGGAACUUUGUAGCAACCGAAAACAAUCCAGCGGACCAGGCAACUCGGUACCAAGAAGCUCACAAAAUAGAAAACAGUAUGUGGCUUAAGGGACCUCCUUUACUACAGUUCAAAGAUCAAGAAUCUUUCAAUCUUAUCAAUCCAGAUGAGGACAAAGAACUCAAGUUAAGCUCAUUCAAAACAGAAGUGAAAGAAAUGGAGGGCAUUGGUUCAGAACGCUUCACCAGAUUUUCAUCAUGGCAUUCUCUAGUGAAAGCCCUAGCCAACAUAAAUAGACUGGCUGCAAGGUUUAGUAAACGGAGUUCUCUGAAAGAUCCUCUAACCCUUUACAAAGAAGCAGAGCAAUUCAUUUUGAAAACUAUUCAACAGGAAUUUUAUUCUAAGGAGUUGAAUUGUUUAUACAGCAACCAGCCAUUGCCAAAGAAUAGUAGUAUCUUACCUCUUUCUCCCAUCCUUGACGAGGAAGGACUAUUGCGAGUUGGUGGGCGUCUGAGAAGAGCCAACCUUCCCACUGGAGAGAAGACACCUAUUCUUAUACCAGGCAAACAUUACAUUGCCACACUACUUGUAAGACACUACCAUGAGUCUAUUUAUCACCAGGGUCGACACCUGACAGAGGGAGCCAUUCGUCGAGCUGGUUAUUGGAUCACAGGUGGCAAGCGUUUAAUCUGCUCUAUGCUCCACAGUUGUGUACCGUGUCGCAAACUUCGAGGUAAAACAGAGUACCAGAAGAUGUCUGAUCUACCCACAGAACGCCUAACACCGAGUCCACCGUUUAGCUAUGUAGGGGUCGACGUAUUUGGACCAUGGACCAUAGUAACCAGAAAGACAAGGGGAGGCAGUGCAAAUUCGAAACGCUGGGCAGUCAUGUUCUCAUGUCUCGUUACACGUGGAGUCCAUAUUGAAGUGAUUGAAGAACUAAGCUCUUCUUCUUUUAUUAAUGCACUGCGCAGAUUCGUAUCUCUCAGGGGACCAGUUGUUGAGUUCAGAUCAGACAGGGGAACUAACUUCGUAGGAGCGACGGAUGAUUUAAAAAUAGAUGUCAUCAAUGUUGAAGAUGGACCAGCACACAGUUUCUUGUUUAACAGCGGAACCGUAUGGAAGUUUAAUGCACCCCAUUCAUCACACAUGGCCGGUGCUUGGGAACGUAUGAUAGGAAUCGCACGCCGCAUCCUUGAUUCCAUGCUGUCCCAUGUCCCUUGCCUUACACAUGAGGUCUUGUGCACCCUCAUGGCUGAAAUAUGCGCAAUCAUGAAUUCAAGACCUCUUGCUGCGGUGUCCACGGAUCCCGAUUCUCCAACAGUUUUAUCGCCGGCAACGAUCCUAACACAAAAGACAGGUCAGCGCGUCGAGCCAUUCCAGCAUUUUGGAGUGAAAGAUAUGAUCAAGUCGCAAUGGCGCCAAGUACAAGUCUUGGCUGAUCAGUUCUGGACACAGUGGAGAGAAAGAUACCUGACCACACUUCAAGCGCGUCAGAAAUGGAACAGCGAACGACCAAGUCUCAAAGAAGGUGACGUUAUACUGAUGAAGGACGCAGAGACCCCCAGGAUACAGUGGCCACUUGGCAUCGUACAACAGUGUUUUGAAAGUGAGGACGGACGAAUUCGAAAAGUGUCACUACGUGUUAUUAAACAUGAGAAACCAGUGCUGUAUACAAGACCUGUAUCAGAGUUGAUUUACUUGUUUAGUGUGUAA